AUGUCGUUCGCUCUCGAGCCGUUGCCGGAGACGGCGACGCCCAAGGACUAUCUCCGACUGCAGUUCGAUCCUGCAAAUGUCCCGUCCAAGCGUAUUGUCGGACUACUCGCAUGCCAGCGUGAUCCCCUACUCCGUCUUCUGAGCACAAGAAUCAUAUCGGCCAAGCCGGCGCCAAUCUCAGCGGUUCCAGCCCAAAAGGGUAAAGGACUCAAGAAGAAGGAGAAAUCCUCGCCCAGUACGAGUGGGACGGCCACUCCCGUAGUGGAAGCCCAGCCAGAAGUCGCUGCUGGUCGAUUAUGGGAGGUGGAGCUCGAGGAUACGGUUAUCUUCCCCGAAGGAGGUGGUCAGCCCUCUGAUAUGGGCUAUCUCCAUUUCUCAGACCCGAACGGCGGUACGAGAAGCUUCAGGGUGGAGAUGUGUAUUAGGAAAAAGCUGGAGAGUAUACAUCUUGUCCGGGUGUCCGCGGAGGACGAGGCAUAUCUGGAAACUGUCGGGAAGGCAGUUGCGGAAGGGGAGAAGGUGACAAUCGAGGUGGAGACCGACUGGGAACGGCGCGUCGACCAGAUGACCCUACACACCGCCCAACACCUUCUUUCAGCCGUACUCGACACCCGGUCCCUCCCGACUCUUAGCUGGGCCAUGCACGCUCAUCCCUCUCUGGAACCUCCCUACGUCGAGCUCAGCCGGCAGUUGACAUGGAAGGAGGCCGAGGAGGUGGAAGUGGAAUGCAACCGACUCAUAGGCGAGGCCAAGAGGAUCUGGAUCGAGGUCUCGGUGCAGGGCGACGAGAACGGUGUGGAUGGAGAUGCAGAGAGGGAGUCUAGGGGGUUGCCUAAGGAUUACGCGGGAGGUGUGAUCCGGCACUGUUGCAUCGACCAGACCGACAGAAACGCCUGCUGCGGUACUCAAGUCCCCAACCUCAGUCUCUGCUCUUUCCUGCACGUCAUCCCACCGUCACUCGCUCCCGAGAGCACUACACCCUCCAAAUCAGCCACCAAGCUCUUCUUCACUUCCGGACCGCGGGCCGCACGAUACCUCUCUUCCUGUUCGCGCGAACUCAGUAGCGUCGCCCAGGCCGUUCAAGCGAACCGAAGCAACGCGGCCGAGCGAGCGGCACGGAGCGAGGAGCUGCGGAAGGACGCAGGGGCGAUCAAUGGAGAUCUGCGGCGGGAGCUCGUACGCCUUUUAGUCGAGACGGCGGGACAGGACAACGUGACCUGGGUUCAUCGAGACCAGAGAGGAACGCACGACUUUGAGUUCCUAGGCCUCGUAGCGGGCGGUCUGAUGGCGCUGGAGGGCAGCGAGGGUAGAGUGGCGGUUCUGACAUCCGCGGUGGAUGGGACGCCAGGAGGCUUGCUUCUCGUCCAAAGUAAGGACGACAAGUUGGCCAAGGAGAUCAAGGACAAGUUGGCAGCUGCGAUCGACGAUCUAGGUGGGGAGGGAGAUAAGGGGAAGAGAGUGAGAGGAGGCGGAGCGAAGGGCAGGUAUAUGAGCAAGAUUGAGGGCAAGUUUGGCAAGAGGGAGCGGGUGGCGGUGGCGAGGGUCAUAGAUAGCUUGAAGCAGGAGGCGUAG